AGGACGUGUGCACAUCCUCCUUGCACCACGAGAGGCGCCUGUGUCUCUAGUGGUGGCUACUGCUUCUACGGAGAGACUGCAGCUUCUGUCUGAUUGUUUUUCCUUCCCUCCUCCAUCCCUUCCACAUCCCACAGCUUAGUAUAGUGUCCCCUGAGCUUUGGCAGGAAUGCUAUAAAUGUACAGCUGGGGGUUGAGCACUCGACCACUAUUUACUCUCAACACUACAUACAGUCGUAAAACUUCAUCUCAACUCACUGGAAAGAGGCUUCUUUGGCGGAACUUUCCACCUGAGGACUGUGGAGACCAACUAGAUUGGAAUGGAGAACCAAGAAUCAACAGACCCUUCUCAGAACACCAGACAGCACAUUAUUUCAGAGGAGUUGAUUUCAGAAGGAAAAUGGGUCAAAUUUGAAAAAACAACUUAUAUGGAUCCUACUGGGAAAACGAGAACUUGGGAAACAGUGAAACUUACAACCAGGAAGGGGAAAUCUGCUGACGCUGUGUCCAUCAUCCCAGUGCUGCAAAGAACUCUUCAUUAUGAGUGUAUUGUUCUGGUGAAGCAGUUCCGACCCCCAAUGGGUGGCUACUGCCUGGAGUUUCCAGCAGGGCUCAUCGAUGAUGGUGAGAGCCCAGAAGCAGCAGCUCUCCGGGAGCUAGAGGAAGAAACUGGCUACAAAGGUGAUGUCGCUGAGUGUUCUCCAGCUGUGUGUAUGGAUCCAGGCUUGUCCAACUGUACCACACAUGUUGUGACAGUAACCAUCAAUGGAGAUGAUGCGGAAAAUGUAAGGCCGAAGCCCAAACCAGGGGAUGGAGAAUUUGUGGAAGUGAUUUGUUUACCAAAGAAUGACCUACUGACUAGACUUGACGCUUUGGUAACAGAAGAACAUCUUACAAUGGAUGCCAGGGUCUACGCCUAUGCUCUGGCACUGAAACACGCCAACUCGAAGCCAUUUGAAGUACCCUUCCUCAAAUUUUAAGGCCAAGGACACUGGCCAUGUUUUGUAAAUGAGACCAUAAGGCCUUCACUAUUCAUUGUAUUCAAUCACGUUUAAUGUAGAUCGGAAAUCGGCUUUUUCAUAAAAUAAAAGCAGCACAGACUGCAUGUGGUAUGGAAUUAUAAUUACAGAGAGGAUGUAACCUUCAUUUAAACUUGUUAAAUGCUCAUGAAAAAAAGAACAUAAAUGUAGGUAGGUAUGUUAAAAUUUCUUAAACUUCACCUAGUCUAGAAGGUGAGGGUAUUUCUCAGGAAUAGACUUGAGCUCCAAAUUAUUAGGUCAGCUAUUUCCACCCUCAACUCCUAAUAUAAAAAUGAUGUACUAAGGUCUGCAAAUAGUUAUUAGGUUCAUGUUUCAAAAUAAGAUUGGGAUUUUGUUGAGACAGGGUUGCUGGCCUGGUACUUGCUUUGUAGACUGGGC